UGGGUAUUGCAGUUUACCAGCUGGAUGGGGCUGAAGUCCAACUGCUGGCUCAAAGACAAGUCCUGCUGACGCAGCGUGCCACCAAAACAAAGCUUUGUGUGAAGACCAGGACACGAAACAGAAUGGACAGCCCAUCGUCGUUUAUCAAAUCAGUGACCAAGCGAGUGUGGUCACCGACACAGCGGCCGUUCCGAGUGUGUAGCUAUGACAGAGAGACCAGGAAGGGCAUCACAGCUGGAACCCUGGAGGAACUGAAAGCCAGGGUGUGCCAGGUGCUGCUGCUGUCCCUAUCUGCGGUGUCUCUGGUCUGUGAGGAGGAUGGGACUGAGGUGGACUCUGACGACUUCCUCAUGACACUGCCUGACAACACAAAGCUGAUGGCACUGGAGCAUGGGCAAACUUGGAAGCCACAAACGGGUCAAGCUUUGGUGCCCAAGUAUCAUGAUCAGACCAAGCCACGUACUGGAAAGGACAUUGCCAAGGUUACGUUUGACCUUUACAAAAUGAGCCCUAAGGAUUUGUUCGGCUCUCUGAGUGUGAAGGCCACUUUUCAGGGGCUGUACUCAGUGAGUGCAGACUUCCAGUGUCUGGGGCCCAAGAAAGUCCUACGAGAAGCUCUCCGUGUCAUGUCCUCCAUCCUGAAUGCUGCAGGACACCUUCUCAUCACCUCUGCUGGCAUGAUCCGUCGCAUCAUUGAAGGGGUCGAGCUCUGGCAGCCACAGAGGGCAGAGUACACUGCCAGCUGGAACUAAUGCCAGCUAAAUGAAUGAGUAUUUGGUUGCUAUCCUAACACUCCCCAAAUUAACCCCUAUAAUUUCAAUAGUCAUUGUUAGAGUCUCCCUUCAAUUUGUCAUAAUUGUAUUAAUGUGACAUCCAUUCCUGUCACCUUGACUACUUAAAUAAUAUAUUCUAGUGCACUAACGUCACAACAAAGAUUUUGCUAUGCGGCAAAAGCAAUGAAAUAACGUUCUUCCCUGUGGCACCAGGGUUUAAAAAAAGGAUGUAGAUUAUGAUUUUUUUGUUUUAUCAAGUUCUAUCUGUCACUUUCACACAAAAUCCAUUUCAGAUCUUAGGGGCCACAGUCCUUUUGUUCAGUAGAUGACCAUAUUUUAAUGGCUUUCCAUCAAUGUUUACACAGCGGCUGUUUACCUAUACAGUAAUAAACAUGUGACAACUUUGUUUCUACCUCUAAUAGAAUGCAAGGUGGGGAAAAUGUCUUGAAUGAAAAAUUGUAAUAAAAUGACUAAGCCAGAAAUAUAAAACGAAAGAUGAAGGCAUGACCCCCCUUCCCUUCACAUUCUUUAUGCUGGAUAAAGCCUCUGUAAUUAUAUAACUGUUGUUUGCUCUUCUCUGUUCUAGUAAAUAUAAACACUUCGCAACCAGCA